AUUUGAAACAUGCAUAACGUUUUUUGUUAUAACUGUUUCAUCAAAUUUAAUCAAUAACCAGCCACAUUGUACUAUUCUUGUUUCCCCUUAUUGAUUCAUACGUAAAAAAUUGAUUCUGGUAUUCAUUAAGGUAUCUGUGGUUAAGAAUCUGAUUCUUAAUCACAGAUUCUUUAAGGUUUGUUUGAUAACAUGAUGAAUUGUUUUUCAUGCUGCAAGUCAGAGGUUGAAACACCGUCUUAUAAGAAAAAACGUUCCAAAUAUGUUUCCAAAGGAAGAAGAACAUUCAAAUCAUUAGCAGCGGCUAUGUCACUCAAAACAGGUAGUAGCAGACAUAGACAGAUUACAGCGGAGAUAUUAAAAUACGGAACAGCCCAAAAUGAUGUUAAAGUAUUAACGUAUGAAGAAGUGGCUGAAGCGACGAAUAACUUCAGUUCGGAUAGUCUUAUCGGAGAAGGUGGAUUCGGGAAUGUUUAUAAAGGAUAUAUAAAGAGCAUUGAACAGACGGUAGCUGUGAAGAAAUUGAAUAGGGAUGGGGAUCAAGGAACAAGAGAAUUUUUCGCCGAGGUUUUGAUGUUGAGUAUGGUGAAACAUCCAAACCUUGUUAGGCUUGUUGGUUAUUGUGUAGAAGAUGAUCAAAGGAUUUUGGUUUAUGAGCAUAUGGCUAAUGGAAGCUUGGAGAAUCACCUUCUAGAUAUAGGUAAUGAUAAGGAACCAUUGGAUUGGCAAACAAGGAUGAAAAUUGCUGAUGGAGCGGCAAGAGGACUUGAGUACCUGCAUAAUUCUGCAGAUCCACCGAUUAUUUUCCGCGAUUUUAAAUCGUCUAAUAUACUAUUAGAUGAAAAUUUCAAUGCAAAGCUUUCUGAUUUUGGUCUUGCUAAGAUUGCUCCAAUUGAUGGUGAGGGUCAGGGCUUGGUCUCAACUCGCGUUAUGGGGACUUACGGUUAUUGCGCACCAGAGUAUGCUGCUACCGGUCAAUUAUCCUCAAAAUCAGAUAUUUAUAGUUUUGGUGUUGUGUUUUUGGAAAUUAUCUCCGGUAGACGAGUUAUCGACCCUGCAAGAUCGGCAGAAGAACAAAACUUAAUUGAUUGGGCGCAACCUUUGUUUAAGGACAGAACAAAGUUCACCCUAAUGGCGGAUCCUUUGCUUAAAGGCCAGUUUCCGGUGAAGGGACUAUUUCAAGCUCUAGCAGUGGCAGCAAUGUGUUUACAAGAAGAAGCCGAUACACGGCCUUACAUGGACGAUGUGAUAACGGCUCUUACGCAUCUAGCAGUACACAAGACCGAAGAAAAAGACAUAGCUGGUGAAUCUCUAAAAAUUGCUGGUCAUGUUGAAUCUUUUAGAGCUGCAAAUUCAAUUGGACCCGAAAGGGCAUAAUAAUAGUAGCUACAAUUUGGCCAUAACACAGACUAUAGGAUUUCACUCGAAAAAAAUGACAGCAAAAAAUGUGAUUAGAGUGUGAUUCUGUUUGUGUUAAAUGUUUAGUUUUUAGUCAUUUGCUUUUGGGAUUGGAAUCAGGAUCCCUUUGAUUCAUCUUCUUUCUUUUAUUUUUUCUCAAAGAAAGUUUCACCUGAGUUUCGGUUUCAAUUUCAUUUCAUCAUUGGACAUUUGUAAACAUUUGUUACAAAUGUCCAAAAGUAUAAAUGUAUGUUUCCAAAUUCAAUUGCAUAUACAUUGUUAUUGUUA